UUGGAAAUUCUAAAAAUAAUUCAAUGCAAAAUAGUGUUGUUGGAAGAUAUUUUGAUACUUUUCUCAAAGAAGAACCAGAAUUUUAUCCAAAAAUUCUUUUCAAUACUUUUUGGGUUAAAGGAUUAAAGCCAAAAACAAAAUAUACAUUUACUGUUCGAUCUGUUCUUUCUAAUGGGGAUGAAUCUGAAGAUAGUAAACCAUUAGUUGUUACUACACCAACUAAUUAUAAAAAGAUUGUGGACAUAUCAAAAGUGGGAGCUGUAGGUGACGGAAAAACAAUGAAUACAAAAGCAAUACAAGAUGCCAUAGAUAGCUGUGCUACUGGUUCUCUGUCUCCAUACGACUGUAAAAUUAGAAUCCCCAGAGGAACUUUCCUAACUGGAAGUUUAAUUUUAAAAUCAAAUAUGACUUUCGAAUUGGCAUCUGGAGCUGUUUUGUUAGGUUCCCCUAACAGUAACGAUUAUCCUUUGAUUCCAAGAUUAAAUAUGCCUUCAGCUUUAAUUAACGUUAUUGAUCCACAGCAUUCUCAAAAUCUUCGAAUUGUUAGUAGUGGAGGUAUUAUUGAUAAUAAUGGAUGGAAGCAAGACACUACAAUAAUAGAUGAAAUUGGGAACCCUUUACCUCAUUAUGUUAAAGGAUCAGCACAAACAGUUAAACAAAAUGGGGUUUUAGCUGCAAGUCAAGUAACAAGUAAAGACAAAUAUGGAAGUGCACGUUCUAAAAUGUUAUUAUUACUUGGAAUUACAAAUUUACAUAUUGGAGGCACCAACCUAACCCUUCGAAAUCCAUCUAUGAUUACUAUGGCUAUUGGAAAUAGUCGUAAUAUUGUAUGUAGUAAUUUAAAGAUUUAA